AUGCCCGCUGAUGACCCAUAUGCCUUUUUCAAUACUCCUGCACGCCCCCACAGACUGGCGCCUUUAACCAAGGAGCAUCAUUGGAGAGUUAUGCAAGCAGCAAUCAAAAGUCGAAGAUUAGGCAAACUGUACGAUACCAUGCACAUGGUUAUUUUCAGCGUAACAGGAACCAAGGCUGACAACAUCAUACCUAGCUCGACCAAACCAGUGGAUGUGCCAAAGAAAAAGUCCUACUUUGUGCAAGAUGAAGACUCAGAGGAUCAAUUUGUAAUGGCAUCACCAGGAAACACGAGUGGCGAUUCAGAAAUCGACAUCCAAUACAACAGUCCUAGCACCUGGGACUUCAUGAUGCUCGAUCUAGAAGUGUCAAAUGGCUCAACUCGCAUUCUACAAGCUCUUGAGGGCUUUCGUGUGUCAUUCGAUGUGGGGGUCAUCUCACACAACUUGAGGGCUGGGUUGAAGGAGACACGGGAGGCACUGCACAAGCUCAAAAGGCUGGCUGAUUGGAUUGACAAUGCAGACUUGAGGCAGUGGCGAAAGGCAGAAGAAGAGCAUCAAUGGCUGUGGAAGGGCUGGGAAAGAUUUGUAGAAAAGGAGAACCACAAGCCUGAGUCGGAGAAGGUCCAGGAAGGUUAUGCCAGUGGCUGA